AUAUGGCAGCGCUCUUGGAGCAGUCGUGCUCCGUGUAAACAGGUCACUGACAGCUCCAUUUAAGGCUGCACAUCAUAUUUCCAUUAUGGAGUUUUGAGCCAUGAUACAUCCAAGGACGCGGAUGAAAAUCCAAAAAGUGGUCUAGAACUGAAUUGCAUCGGAGCUGUCAUCGACAGCUUCCUUUGCUAAUUUGCUACCAGGUUAAUCAAAGAACUCCUCCCUUUGGAAUGCGGAAUUUAAAAAUUGGGAACAUCUUGAACAAGUUUGACGUCACUUUAUUUAAGAGAUGGUUUAGCCAAAUGGUCACCAUAGAAACACAGGAGUCUUUCACCCUGCCUUGACUGCUGACAUGCUGCAGUGAUUCUUGAAGGACACGUUCUCACAAGCUCUGAAUCAUGAAGAUGUUAAGGAUACGGAUGCUUCCGUAUCCUCAGAGCGUCCUGAAUCUUGUCCACCGCCAUUUGUCCCCCGCUAUCCGCACGCUGUUCAGUGAGACCGGCGUGUGGGAGAGGGAGUAUCGGCCAGAGACCAGAUGCAGAGUGGAGCAAUGGUGGCACCCGCGGAUCAUGGCGCAGUGGCGCAAGGACUCACAGCAGAAGGAUUCAAACCGGGAAAAGUUCUAUGUUCUCUCCAUGUUUCCAUACCCGUCCGGACGACUGCACAUGGGCCACGUGCGCGUCUACACAAUCAGCGACGUCAUCGGCCACUUUCAGAGGAUGAGAGGUUAUCAGGUAUUAAACCCAAUGGGCUGGGAUGCCUUUGGUCUCCCAGCAGAGAAUGCAGCCAUUGAGAGACGUCUUGAUCCAGAGGAUUGGACCAAAAGUAACAUCAAGUCUAUGCGGGAGCAGUUAGACAGCCUCGGCCUUUGCUUUAACUGGGACCGGGAGGUGACCACUUGCCUUCCUGACUACUACAAGUGGACGCAAUAUCUCUUUAUUAAGCUAUUUGAAGCUGGGCUGGCUUAUCAGAAAGAGGGUGUGGUGAACUGGGACCCCGUCGAUCAAACAGUGCUGGCCGAUGAGCAGGUGGAUGAAAACGGUCGUUCUUGGAGGUCUGGUGCUCUGGUGGAGCAGAAGUUGCUUACUCAGUGGUUCAUCAAGACCACACACUAUGGCAAGCCUCUUCUGGACAGCUUGUCUGACCUUCCAGAGUGGUACGGGGUCAAAGCCAUGCAGGCAAAUUGGAUUGGAGAGUGCACUGGCUGCUAUUUUGAUUUCAAACUCAAGGUGAGUGGAGAGGAGACUGGGGAGUGUCUGUCGGCGUACAGCUCCUCCCCAGAGGCAGUGUUUGGUGCAGCGUACCUGGCCAUCCUGCCCUCCCACAGACUUCUUCAUGGGAGCAGCUCAGUCCGUUCUGAGCUAGAGAAAGCCUGUCAGCCAGGCAAAGACUCCCUGACAGAGGUCACCGCUGUCAACCUGUUCACCGGCCACGAGGUUCCUGUGGUGAUAUCUCAGAAAGAGGCUUUUGAUGACUAUCUAGACACUGUGGUUGGCACACCGGACUGCAGUGAGGAGCAUUUAUCUGUGGCCGAAAAUCUGAAUUUAACGUGGAUCAAUGUUCUGAAGAGCAAUGACGAUGGGACUCAAAUUGUCAUUAACUCUGAUAAGUUCUCAGGACUCACCAGAAGCCAGGCUUUUGACUCCAUUACCCAGAAAGCCAGGGAGCUGAAGGUGGGGGGCCACCUUACCAGCUCGAAGCUCCGGGACUGGUUGAUCUCGAGACAGCGUUACUGGGGCACACCCAUCCCUGUGGUGCAUUGUGGGCGUUGUGGCCCAGUUACUGUCCCCGAAAAACAUUUACCAAUAACCUUGCCAAAGCUGCCGUCUCUCACCGGAAAGGGGGCAUCGCCUCUGGAGGCUGCCCACGAUUGGGUCAAUUGCAAAUGUCCAAGAUGUAAUGGCCCAGCAAAAAGAGAGACUGACACCAUGGACACUUUUGUAGAUUCAGCCUGGUAUUACUUUCGUUACGUCGACCCUCAUAACACAGAGAGGCCUUUUGAGCGCCACCUAGUGGAUCACUGGCUUCCCGUGGAUGUGUACAUCGGAGGAAAAGAGCACGCCGUCAUGCAUUUGUACUAUGCACGCUUUCUCUGUCACUUCUGCAACAACCAGGGACUUGUGGCACACAGGGAGCCUUUCAGAAAGCUACUCGUCCAAGGGCUGAUCAAAGGCCAGACUUUCCGACGAGCAGACAAUGGCCAAUACCUAACGAAAGAAGAGAUCGACUUUGCAGGAAAAGAUCCAGUGGCGUUGGGAGGCGGAAGAGUGGAUGUGACAUGGGAGAAAAUGAGCAAAUCCAAACACAAUGGUCUGGACCCCCAAGAGGUGGUGCAGCAGUACGGCGUGGACACAGUCCGACUUUACAUCCUUUAUGCCGCACCGCCUGAGCAGGACAUCCUCUGGAAUCUUAAAAAGGAUGCACUUCCUGGGGUCUUGCGCUGGCAAAACAAACUGUGGCAGCUGGUGACCAAGCUGCGAGGUGCUCGACAACUCGGUGACAUCCCCGACCCCUCCUUGCUGAAAAAGAAGGAGCAGGCAGAGGCCAAGAAAAUCUGGGAGGACAAGAACUACGUGAUUCAAGAGGUAACAUAUUACUUCACGGAGGACUUCUUGUUCAACGCGGCCAUUUCUCGUCUCAUGGGACUUAGCAAUACAUUGAAUAGUGCAACCGUGAGGGUGGUGCAGCACAGUGAGGAGUUUGAGGAUGCUCUGGCCGCACUGAUUACGAUGACGGCACCCAUGGCACCUCACCUGGCUUCUGAACUUUGGGCAGGUCUUUGCCAGGUGAACAACCCCAUCAGCAGCACUCUCCGGCGGGGUGGAGAUGUCCUGUCACAGUCCUGGCCUACUGUGGAUCCCGCCUACCUGGCGACCCCUGACUUUGUGGACGUUUCUGUGCGGAUUAACAACAAAGUUUGCGGGACCGUGACUGUUCCCAUGUUGGUUUCUAAAGAUUUGGAUCAGGUGCAGAAGCUGGUUAUGGAGAGCCCUCUUGGACAGACUGUUUUGAGAGAACUGAAUAUCAAGAGAGCUAUUCUCUCUCCCCGGACUGCCCUCAUCAAUUUCCUAGUCGGUUGAUGGUGGACUCCCUGCAUGUGCAACUGUUUGGUGGGGGGGGGGAAAAAGAGGACUGUUAUACACUGAAAACUCACUCCCGCAUCCGCAUGUCAUCAACGCUAUGUGCGGAAAGAGCCAGUGAAGGCACAUUAAGUUAACUUUUAGCUCCUUUGCGACUCGGCACGACGGAUUCACCACACACACUUGCAUCGAGCCAAUUAUGUAUCAUCACUGUUUUUACCAAUGAUAUCAUUUUAUUUUUGCAGGUGAAUCAUAGUAAUGGUUCAUUUCCAUGUGAAGCAAAUGAGCUACAUUUGAAUUUGCCACUAUGCAAAUAAACAGUAAGAUAAAUAAACUCAAUUUACCUAGUCGUUCCCAUGUGACAGCUGUUCUGAAGCGCAAGUUUGCAUAAACAUUUUAAAACUUUAAAACAAAAAUGAGUUGGACAUACUGAGUACAGCACAAAACAGCCAUUUAAUUUCCCUAAUACAGUUUUGUAUAUUCUUGAUGAACAUUUCAUGUCAUGGAAAUAAUGCAGGAAAUGUAUUUUUGUAUUCUUUUUUGUUCAUGUACGAUAUUUAUGAUUAAUGUGCAAGUUUGUACAGCAAGUUUUACUUCUUUGGUUGCAUAGACAUAAUGUAUUUUUGAACCAAUGCUCGCUUUUAUGUUGGGAAAGUGGUAGAGGACAGAAAAUAAUUUAUCAUGAUUUCAUUUUUUCCCCCCACCUCUAGGAAUUAUAAAUAUUAUGUAAAAAUAUUUUAUUGGUUGCUUUAUUUUUAAUAAAAUCUUUGCGUACAAA